AUGCCUGCACGCGGUUCUUUUAGAGGUCGAGGACAGGGACGAGGCCGUGGCCGCGGCCGUGGUGGUCGUGGUCGUGGUCGUGGUGGCCGUUCUUUCGCUACAUCUCGACUGAAUGAGUCUGAAUCGGACGACUCUUCUGGAGAAGAUGAUGCCAGUGAACAAUCGCAAGAGGAGGUAGAUGAUACUCUUAUGGACCAGGAUGAGGGUUCAUCGAGCAGCGACGAAGAAGAGGAAAGCACCGAUCGCCCAUACAACGAGCUGCUCCAGCUGCUCCACACCGAGAACGACUCGCAAGGACCAGCCCGGAAGAAGCGUAAGACUGCUAUCGACUCCAAUGAGGAGAUUCAAAUGGCAGAGUCGGAACCAGAGCAGGGUAACGAUGAGCUGGAAGCUCAGGCCCCUUCCGACGACGAAGAAGAGGAAGUCGAUGAGGACGACGACCCUACCGGUGCAUUUGAAAAGCAUUUCAGUCUUGUCGAUAGUGUCGAUAUAACCAAGAGGGUCGAGAAUAUUACAUCGAAAAAAUGGGCAUCGGCCAAAAAAGAGGUGGAUGGCUUGCGACUGGUCCAGACCACCCCAGACACAGGAGCAGGUGCGGCAUUGCUGCCGGGAAUGAAGAGCACAAUCAACAUGAAGCUCAAAAACAAAUUGAAGCCUCGCGCGGCCGAACUCCUGCCCAAAAUCAACGGCGAAGCCCAGAACCUUGCGCCCUAUAUCUUCGACUACCAGGAUGUCCUCUACGGAGCCCGAACUACCGCAAACUCGGGUGAGAUGCGCGAUAUCCUCGCCUUGCACGCUGUAAACCACCUGCUCAAGACUCGAGACACCGUCUUGAAGAACAACGCCCGUCUUUCCAAGGAUCCAGAUACCGAUAUCGAGUGUCGUGACCAGGGAUUCACCCGCCCCAAGGUGCUAUACAUUCUACCAACCAGGCAGGCCUGCGUGAAGGUCCUCGAUGCCAUUACCCGAUUCUACCAGCCCGAGCAACAAGAAAACAAGAAGCGCUUCACGGACAGCUUCUCCGGACCCGAGGAUGCUGCAUGGGAACACAAAACUGAAGAUUUCCGCGAACUAUUCGGCGGAAACGACGACGACAUGUUCCGCCUGGGUCUCAAGUUCACUCGCAAGACUGUCAAGUACUUUGCGCAAUUCUACAGCUCGGACAUCAUCCUCGCCAGUCCCCUCGGUCUCCGAACCAUCAUGGACCAAGCCGACGCCAAAAAGCGUGACCACGACUUCCUCUCCUCAAUCGAAGUCGUGAUCGUCGACCAUGCUGACGCUCUCCUCAUGCAAAACUGGGACCACGUCGACUACAUCUUCCAGCACCUAAACCUGCAACCAAAGGAAGCGCACGGUUGCGACUUCGGCCGUGUCCGCAACUGGUACCUAGACAACCAAGCCAAACAUAUCCGACAGACAAUCGUCUUGUCAGGCUUCAUCACGCCAGAAAUCAACUCGCUCUUCUCAACACACAUGCAAAACGCGACAGGUCGCAUCAAAGCAACGAAAACCUACGCCGGCGCUAUCACUGAGCUCCCCCUCCCCGUCUCCGUCAAACAAACCUUCACCCGCAUCGACAGCAUCUCCCCGCAAAAAGACCCAGACGCCCGCUUCAAGCACUUCACAACGACCAUCCUGUCCAGCCUGGUCAAGAACAUCACCCACGGCCGCGGCAAAGGCGGCGCCGGAACCCUCAUCUUCAUCCCCUCGUAUCUGGAUUUCGUGCGCGUGCGCAACCACUUUGCCACCUCAGCCCAGACAACCAAUAUCUCCUUCGGCGCUGUUUCCGAGUACACCGAGUCCAAGGAGGCGAACCGUGCUCGCAGUCAUUUCUUGUCCGGCAGACACUCUGUGCUGCUGUACACCGAGCGCGCGCAUCAUUUCCGACGGUAUCAGGUUCGCGGCGUGAAGAGGGUUAUUAUGUACGGAUUACCGGAUAAUGCGUUGUUUUAUAGUGAGAUUGUUGGGUUCUUGGGUCUUGAUCCGGCGGAGUUGAUUGAGGCUGCUGAGGGGGGUGUGCGUGCGCUGUUUUCUAAGUGGGAUGCGCUCAAGGUUGAGAGGGUUGUUGGUACUUCGCGUGUUGGGAAUAUGUUGCGUGAGAAGGGUGGUGAUACUUUUACUUUUGUAUAA